AUGCGGCGCGAGGAAAGGCUCCGCUGCGUCAUAGACGCCCCCCCCGCAUCCCUUUCCUCGUCCUCGUCCUCGUCCUCGUCGUCCUUGUCGUCGCUGCCGUCGAUGUCGACCCCGCGCCAGUCGUAUGACACCACCGACGACGCACUUCGCCCAGGUCAGUCCCGCCUCCCGCAGUCUCGGUCGCCCCCGCCGCCUGAUCCGUCCCCCGCAGAUUCAGUCCUCUCCGACGACUCGCGCCGCGACUCGCCCGAGCCCCCGUCGUCGUCCCACCUGAGCCCCCCGCGCUCACUCCCCUCCCGCUCACCGUCGUCCCCGCUCAACCCCAAUGCCUCCGUCCGCCGUCCCCGCAAGACUAGCUCCCCACACAUCCAGCUCGUCGCCUCCGACGAAUCCCACGCGUUCGCUUCUCAGACCCCCACCUCCGACUCCCCCGCCCGCCGCGGCUCGAUGAUCCUCUACAAGUUCGCCCCCGACGACACAGCCGACUCCCCCGAGCCCCCCGCUCUCGACACCCUCCCGCAUACUCCCACGCUCCCCCCAGCAGACUCGCUCUUCACCCUCUCCUACGACUCCAAAUACCCCUCCGGCUCCUCCGUCUCCGGCACCCGCCGCUUCAUUCCGUACGCCUUCGACCCUGGCGACGCGUCCAAGCAGGAGGCCGAGGACGACGACUACCUCUACCAGCCCGAGUACGGCGACCACCCCGGCGGCUGCAUGUCCCUCUCCUGGCGUGGCAUGUUCAACCUUGGCGCGCUCCUCCUCCUCAUCGGCGCGCUCCUCGCCCUCUUUGUCUGCUACCCCGUCAUCUCCUUCGUCCGCGGUUACGGCCUCGGCUAUGCCGCCGUGAACAACGCGAAUGUCAACAGCACCGGCCAGGCCGUCGCCCGCGCCGCGGACAUCGCGUUCCACCACGCCCGCGCCGCCUUCGACGCGCCGCUCGGGACUGGGUAG